AUGUACGACCCGAGGAGCCAAAACCAUGCAACCUUCGCUAUGAACGGCCCCGGCUAUCGCCCCCUGUGGCAGCCAGAGUGGGCACUGGAUGUUUUCCCUGCACAGCACCCUUAUUCCCCGCAGCAGAAGACACUGGACGUGGCGUCCCCUUCGUCGGCGCGCACUCCUCCCAUCUGGGACUGUCAAGGCCGCAACAUGUCGACGACUACGAUCACGGCGAGCCUAUCCGUGGUCGAAUGUCAGAGAGCCAUGCCAUCCACACGCACACGCCAGCUCUCUGACACUGGGUGGUCCGCAAAGGAUGCAUUUGCUCUCGAUACCGACGCGUGCUGCCGUCCCGGUCAUCGCGGCCGCAGCCCAUACAAGCUAAUCUCCAUGCCGACGAAACUCGUCCUCGACCUCACGGAUGCCUUCUUCAGCUGGCACGUCGGCUCCUUGCCAGCUGUGCAGCGCAGUUCGUUCGUCAGUGACUUCCUUGGCCAGCGCACCCUUCACUGCUCCCCUGCCCUGGUGCGGAUCAUAUCAUGCCUGGGAUGCCGCGCACUGGGCGGCUACGACACACUGCGGAGCACCUAUGCCAGCCUCGGCAACCGUCUCUUCCAAGAGGCCAGGGCGCUCAUUGUCCAGAGUCCUGCCUGCGUACCAGAUGUGCAGGCGUGCGGUCUCAUGGCCCUGCAUCAGCUCAAGAUUGGGCAGGCCGGGGACGCGAGCGACCUGGCGGAAGAAGGGGUGAGGCGUAUGGUCAUCUUGAUGGGCCGCGAGGGCCAUCUGGAGGAUUCGGGGGAGUCGCGAUGGCUUGAAUACUCUCUGUGCAGCGCAGUCGCCCUAGCCUGUUUCGUCCGCUCCGGCAUGGCUGACCCUAUUGGUGACACGAAUAUCAAGCCGUCAAGACAAGCCAAUGAUCCACCGGCAGAUGAUGCGCUGCAGACUCGUACGACCUCUUGA